GAAGAGAGAGAGAGAGAGAGAGAGAGAGAGAGCGCCGCAUUUUCCAUUGUCCUCUGUUCGUUUGUUCGAAGCGGACAGAGAAAGUUUAAAGAAAAGAUAUCCUCACAUGGAGAUCGAUAAAGCCAUAAGGGAAAGCAAUGACCGAAGGCUGAAGUCAAAGUACAACAACGCCAUCUACGUUAUCAAGAGAGCUUUCGCUCUAUACGCGUUUGAGGAGGUCGCAUUCAGCUUUAAUGGGGGGAAAGACUCAACUGUCUUGCUCCAUUUGCUUAGGGCUGGAUACUUUUUGCAUAAAGAGACACCUAAUUAUUUGAGUGAAGGCGAUACAAAUUGUGAAAUGAAGUGUCCAAUAAGAACCAUCUAUUUUGUUAGCCCUUGUGCUUUCCCAGAAAUCGACUCCUUCACAUAUGAAACAGCUGCUACUUAUGACUUGCAGCUGGAAAAUUUUCGCAUAGAUUUCAAGUCUGGUUUGGAAGCUCUUCUGAAGGAAAAACCAAUUAGAGCUAUUUUUCUUGGUACAAGAAUUGGUGAUCCUAAUGCGGUCGGCCAAGAACAAUUCUCACCUAGUUCACCUGGAUGGCCGCCUUUCAUGAGAGUGAAUCCCAUCUUGGAUUGGUCCUACAGGGAUGUAUGGGCCUUUAUUUUGACAUGCAAAGUUCGAUACUGUAGUCUUUAUGAUCAAGGUUAUACUUCCAUUGGGAGCAUAUAUGAUACAGUUCCAAAUGCAUUGUUGGGCACCAGUGAUUCUUCCACCAGCAAAGAGAACUUUAGGCCAGCCUAUUUGCUCUCAGAUGGAAGACUAGAAAGAGCAGGUAGAGCAAAAAAGUGUUCUCGUCAAGAUUCUGGAAGUGAUCCUGUCAUAAAUGAAAGCCGCACUUUAACGGUGUCAGUCAUUGCUGUCGGCGAUGAAAUUCUGUUUGGCACUGUUGAGGAUCAACUAGGAUCAUCAUUGUGUAGAAAGCUUCGUUCUAUUGGUUGGACUGUCUCACAUACUGCUGUAGUUCGGAAUGAUAUUGAUUCUGUCGCUGAAGAAGUUGAGCAGAGGAAAUCCAGCAAUGACGUGGUAUUCAUGUAUGGAGGUGUUGGCCCUUUGCAUUCGGAUGUAUCUGUAGCAGGAGUUGCAAAAGCCUUUGGAGUUCGUCUGGCUCCUGAUGAAGAAUUUGAAGAAUAUCUUAGGCAUCUUACGAGUGACCAAUACACUGGGGACCGGAACGAGAUGGCCCAAUUACCUGAGGGUAUCACUGAAUUACUACACCAUGAAAAGCUAGCAGUGCCUUUGAUCAAAUGCCAAAAUGUGAUAAUUCUUUCUGCAACAAAUGUUAUUGAGCUGGACAAGCAGUGGGACUGUUUAAUCGAGUUGACCAGCUCUAGUGGCCUCCUAGUGUCGACGGCACCAUUUCUAACAAAGAGUCUGACUACAUCUCUUUCUGAUGUAGAAACUGCUCAACCUCUAUCAAAAUUGUGUCUUGAAUUCCCUGAUCUCUCCAUUGGGUGUUUCCGCAAAUCCAGAGUUGGGCCCCUCAUCGUUAAUUUUGUGGGAAAGGACCAAGCUAGAAUAGAGUUGGCAGUGGAAGCUUUAUGCAAGAAGUUUAAUCAUGGAGACUUCUCAGAAGUAAACUGUGGGUGAUCACUCUUGCUUGAAGUAUUGCCUCUGGACACAGAGGGGUUGUAUUUGACAACUGCACUGCUCACUUGAACCACAAUUUCUCUGAAGCUAGGAGGUGGCUUCACAUCUUGAUUCAAUGGUUGGGGAACUGGACGAUCUCGUGCUCUCGAAGACGGGGAAUAGAGCAGAAA